CUUGAAUCGCCUUCGAACUUUUAGUGCAAUAAUUUAAGAGGUGAUUCAACGGCUUCAAGAAAUUUGACAAACACAGGGACUCAAAGUUUAAGUUUUUUUGGUGUGUGUGUGAAUGUAGAUCGAAAAAGAAGAGUGAAAAUGGCGAAUCAAUCCGGUGUAGUGGUUCCAAGAAACUUCCGUCUACUUGAGGAAUUGGACCAAGGCCAAAAAGGUGUGGGCGAUGGCACUAUUUCUUGGGGUCUUGAAAAUGAUGAUGAUAUGACUCUUACAUAUUGGAUUGGCAUGAUUAUUGGUCCUCCUCGUACACCGUAUGAGAAUCGAAUGUACUCUCUAAAAAUUGAUUGUGGCGAACGUUAUCCUGAUGAGCCUCCCACGAUAAAAUUUCUAACUAAAAUCAAUAUAAACUGCAUUACUCAGAAUGGAGUGGUUGAUCCGAGAUUAGUGCCCAUGCUUUCACGAUGGAAUCGUGAAUACACUAUCAAAUCGUUAUUGCAAGAGAUACGCAGAAUUAUGACUUGCAAAGAAAACCUGAAACUGGCGCAACCACCAGAAGGCAGCUGUUUUUAGUUACAAAAACUGUAGCAGCAUUUACAACAACUAUGACGUCAAUAAACAACAAACAUUAAGAAGCUAACAGCUAAAACACUAUAUUUGCCAGCUAUAUAUAUUACAAAAUAUGGCAGAAGACUACCCCACAAAAAUAUGAAGCAUGGUUUAGUACCAGUAAUAGAAAAGCUUCUCUCUGUUGUUGUCGAUCCAAGUUGUUUCCAAUAAAAAUACUAUUUAUUGCUUUAAACUAUGAAAUAAUGUGGCUGGGAUAACAGAUCUGCUGCUUAAUUAUUUAUUUCUAUAAUACUUGAAAACAUAAAGAAUAUUACGAACCUCGUAUGUAUAUCACUGAUGCUAUUAAUAUGAUUUAAAUCUAAUUUUCUUCUGUAAUCUCGUCGAAAACUGCUAUACACCGCUCCCAUUCUGCCGUUUAUGUGAGUUUAAAGUGAAACUUAUUCGAAGAAUAAAAGAAAGCUGGUAGAAGAGUUAUUCUUGGUCAAACACCAGUCAAGUAAAGGUUUAUCGUUGCUUAAAGUCACCUUGGUUUAUUUUUUUUAUUGUCUAAUAAAAUACUUUAAACUAUUUCUAA